UUUAGCCGUUUGUGCUGCGCACUGCGCCUUCAUUUUUCAUUUGCGUUUGUGCACUGCGCUGGCGAAGAGCACAGAUAAUACACCUAUACGAAUUACGAAGAGAAUUGGUUUUCGAAAUUCUUCGGAAUUUGUCGUGUAAUUAAAUUUUCUGUUUUUUCGUACAUCAUUUAAAAUAAACUUUAGCAUCCCGUAUAUUUUAAAGUGCUAAGUGUAAUCGUGUACUUAGAUUAUAAAAGGAUUAGGUUAUUAAGUGGUGGGGACCUUGGGCAACAUGGACGGGGCGAACCGAAGCAAUGACCGCGCAGCGCAAGCGCAGACUGUGCCACGCGGUCGUCGAUGUUAACGAAUCUUCCUUUAUUAACCGACUUCAAAAAAAAGGAGGAGGUUUCUCAAUUCGACCGUAUAUAGAGAGCGGAGAAACGCAAGCUGAUCCAGCAGCAGCUGGUGCUGUUGCUGCACGCGCACAAGUGCCAGCGGCGCGCGGCGUGGCAGUGCACGCUGCCGCACUGUCUGACUAUGAAGGCUGUGCUCAACCAUAUGAUGUCGUGUCAGGCGGGAAAUGACUGUGCAGUACCUCAUUGUUCAUCUUCAAAACAAAUCAUCAUUCAUUGGAAACACUGCAACAAAAGUAACUGUCCAGUCUGCGGACCGCUCAAACAAGAUGGUAGAGUUUUUAUCCGAUCCCCUAAUAGGUGCGUAGCUUAAGGUAAAUGAACAAACCCACAUGACUCACGGCUUAUAUUGUCAUAAAAUAAAACUUCCUUUGUUGACAAAA